GGCAAAACAAAAUGACUAAAAGAGACUGUAGAAAAUGUUUUUAACCAUCACGUUCACUAUAUAAACCAAGGCGACGAGAAGUGUUAUUUCAUCAACCAAACAAAAGAAAAAACAAGUAGAAGCUUUUAAACGAGAGAGAGAGAGAAUGGCGACGUCGGGAACAUACGUGACGAAGGUUCCGUUAAAAGGAACGGCAGAGAAACACUACAGGAGGUGGAGGAACGAGAACCACCUCUUCCCUGACGCCAUCGGCCACCACAUCCAAAAUGUCACCAUUCAUGAUGGCGAAUGGGAUUCUCACGGCGCCAUCAAGAUUUGGAAUUACACAAUAGAUGGGAAGCAGGAAGUAUUCAAGGAGAGGAGAGAGAUCGACGAUGAGAAGAGAACGGUGACGUUUAGAGGACUUGAAGGCCACGUGAUGGAUCAGCUCAAGGUGAAUGACAUCAUCUUCGAGUUUAUUCCCAAAUCUGAGGAUGGUUGCGUCUGCAAGAUCACUAUGAUAUGGGAGAAGCGCAACGAUGACUUCCCCGAACCAAGCAACUACAUGAAAUUCGUCAAGAGCAUGGCUGCUGACAUGGACGACCACGUCCUCAAAACCUGAUCAUCAUAAUCAUUAUCGCCUAUUCGCCUUCAUAAUCAUCAUCCUUUUCUUGAUAUAUUGAUUAAGGUGCUUUUCUAUAUAUACAAUAAACGGUGUCGUGUGGAGUUUCAUUUCUUUGUGUACGAGUCAUAUGAUUAUUUUUUUAAAGAGAACCACGUUAUUAUUAUAAUUGUUUUUUUAAUUAUGGCUUUCUAAUUUUUAGAACCGGCUCUGUAAAAACUAGUGAUGGGCCAACAACAACCCUCAUUAAUAAC